UGCAUGCGAGAGUGUACAGGUUUGCUGUGCGUACAGCCAGUGCGUAUGAGUUUGGGUUUCCUAAGGAAAGACAGAGAAGUGCGGCUGUGGUAAAAUUCCCAUCCGGCGGUCCACAUGAGCGUAUCGAAACCUCCUCCGCCCCACUCCCACUUCGCCCCCCCACCCGACUCUUCCACCUCCUCCCAUCUCUCCAUCCCUCCUUCCUCCUCCACCCCAUCCUCCCCCGCACCUUCUCGUGCCACCUCCUCUGCUCCCAGAUCUCUCCCGCCGCCCUCUCCUGUCAAGAUCUCCAUGCAGGAGCACUUUGCUAUCAACGUGUGUCCCGGCCCCAUCAUGCCUAUCCCGCAGAUCUCUGACUUCUUCCCGCGCUUCCACGACUUUCCCAUGACCCCGCCCCCGCCCCGGGAGAAGAAGAUCCUGAAGGAACCAGAUUUCGGAUUGAACAAUGGAGGGGAGACGGACGGUGAGAAUAAGGAGAAAGAGAGGAAACCCACCGAGGGACCGGGGGAGAGGCAAGAAGGGGCGGAUUCGGACGACGAUGAUGAAACUUAUUUGGGCACCCUGGAGUUCACCCUGCUCUUUGAUCACGAGAACAACUGUCUACACUGUACAAUCCACAAGGCCAAGGGACUAAAGGCCAUGGACUCCAACGGACUGGCCGAUCCAUACGUCAAGCUCCACCUCCUGCCUGGAGCAAGCAAGGCGAACAAGCUCCGCACCAAAACACUGAAGAACACUCUGAACCCGGUGUGGAGCGAGACGCUGAUGUACCACGGUAUCACCGCUAUCGACAUGACCACCAAAACCCUCAGGCUGUGUGUGUGCGACAUGGACAGGCUCGGUCGUAACGAGUUUAUCGGAGAGGUCCGUGUCGCCUUGAAGAAACUGAGCAAGGGCGAGAGCAAAAGAUUCAAAAUGGGUCUGGAGAGAAUCACACAGAACAAAGACAUCAACAAAGAAACCGUGGAGCAAGGAACACCUGUGGCUGAGGAAGAGCGUGGUCGUAUCCUGGUGUCGCUGUGCUACAGUCCAGAAAAGAGCUGUCUACUGGUUGGCAUCGUACGCUGUGCCCACCUCGCUGCUAUGGACUCCAAUGGGUACUCUGACCCCUUCGUCAAGAUUGUGCUGCAGCCUGAUAUGGGGAAAAAGUCCAAGUACAAAACCACAGUGAAGAAGAAAACGCUCAAUCCUGAGUUUAAUGAGGAGUUUGUGUAUGAAGUUCCGCACGACCAGCUGGCGAAGAAAACCCUGGAGAUCUCCGUAUGGGACUACGAUCUGGGGAUGAGCAAUGACUUCAUAGGCGGAGUUGAACUGGGCAUAAAUGCCAAGGGAGUGAGGCUGAAACAUUGGUUUGAGUGUCUCAAACACAUCGGCAAGAAAGUUGAGUACUGGCACACGCUCACGCAGCAAGGAGCCCCUCCGGAGGCCCCCCCGCAGUGACUGACAUACACACACACUUUAUCGCAAUUAUUAAAUGAUAAUCAAUGAAUGGUGAAGAAAGGAAGAAAUAAUCAUGUAAUAAAGUAAUAAGUGAUAAAACAUGCAAUAAUGAUACGGAUAAUGAUGAUAUAAUAAUAAUAUUAAUUAUAAUACAAAAUCACAAUAGUAGGUAAUUAUCCCAAAGUAGCUUUUUUUCUAAGUAAGCACAUUUGUGAAAAUGUCCCUCAUUGAAAUGUUUAAUGUGAAGGUGCGAACAAAUUUGACCUUAGCCCUCAAUAUUGUGAAGUCACUUGCAUUUCAGUCAUUCAGAUGUACACAUUAACAGUGUAGAAUCUCUUACCUGCACUGUAACUACAAUACUGGAACAGUCUGUAAGCACCUUUGCCCAACAAGGUCUCGUUACGAAUGUUGUAGUCACCAGGUUGUUUCUACUCGGGAUGCAGUUGAAAAAUGGUGCCGAACGUCCGGUUGAGAUGACUGGCGUCUAGCAACGCUAAUGCUAACUGCUAUAACAGUUCUAGGAAGUAUGUGAAACUGCAUACUUGGCGUGUCUCUGAAAGUGGCUGCGGCGAAUAAAGUGAGUGGAUCAACAGCGAUGGGUGUAACAUCAGCUCUCUCUUAUUGGUUAGGCGGUUUUGACUGAGUGUUGUUGUUUUUAGUUUCUAACAUGCAACUACCAUAUCACAAGUGUUUGGACUUCAGUUUUAAAGCCAGAAGAUGAGCGCAAAUGGUAUUUCACUGCUACAAAUGAUUUUAUAUUUUCAGUGAAUAAAACUGACAACUUUUAAUUUUUUAUUAAAAGUACUAAUGAUGUGACUGUCACCCUGAUGCUGGCUACACUAAGUAGCUACUUCACACGCCGUUGAGGGACAAAAGUGCUUAGCAAGCGGAAGCGACAGACCCGGUAUUGUUGCCGUUCAUGCCCUCCCUAUCGAGUAGGUUGUAUCAAGGUGACAUCUAGAUGGUUAUCAAUAUUAGUUAUUUAUUGUGUAGGCUGCUAUCCCACUUGUAAUAAAAUAAUGGGAGGGCAAAAAAUUGCCACUUUAGCUACUGCUAGCGACACGGCUGCCCAGUGGGAAGCACCUCAGGUUGGCAGACACCUCGAUACAACAACAACGACACAUUAGUCAUUCGCACUGGCUUACACACUCCUCGUGCAGCCCAGUCUGCCACGCAAAACGGUCUUUAGCGCCAACAAAUCUGCCCAAUUUAAUGAUUUGCUUUCCAUAUACCCACUUGUGUUGAUCAACCCACUUCUUUCGCCAUGUCCACUUUCAGACACACUCCACAUGUGUUGUUACCCAUGACUCAGUUCGAGCAUUAACUACGCUAACAAUACCAACAGCGCUAACAAUGCUAACAGUACUAACAAUGGUACCAGUGCUAACAGUACUAACAAUGGUACCAGUACCAACAGCGCUAACAGUACUAACAGCCCUAACAAUGGUACCAGUACCAACAGUUCUAACAGUACCAACAGCGCUAACAGUACUAACAGCCCUAAUAGUGCUAACAGCGCUAAUUUAGCAUAAUAGGUGUGAAAACAGUAUUCACCAAAGUGCGUUAACAGUGUUAGCAUGUGUUUACCCUCCUCUGCAUCCCUGAUUUACUAUACAAAGUACCCAAAUGACGAGGACAAGUUGGGUAAGUCACCUGCUAUAGAUUUGUAUUAUGGUGGUUGUCGCUCUGAUGCAAACUGGCACACCAUGACGUUAAAGCACAAAAGGAUCCAUCUGACGGUCUGUCUCUGUGUACUUGUCCGAUGUCUGUAGGUGAUGACAGUGGGUGUCUGUAUCUCCCCUUAUCCUCCUGUGUGUAUGUGUCUUUGUGUGUGAGAGAGUGUUCGUGUGUGCAUACAUUUUGCAUACAAAUAUGUGCGUGCACGUGUGUUUUUGUGUGUUUGUCUGUAAGCGUGUCUCUAAAUGUCUCCAUCCAUGAACCCCAAAGCAUGGAGCUGUGAAGAAAGACUGAAAAAAAGAGACAAGACUCACUCCUACAGUACGACACUCACUCCUAUGUUCCCUGGAUGUCUCCCUGGUCUAACAAACUGAUGUCCUGUCACAUGUGCAAAAGUAUGGCUGGCAGUCAAGUGAGUCACUUUUCCUUGGUGACAGUCACACAAGAUAACCAUCCGUCUGGAUUAUUUUCUAAACCCUGCUCUGUGCCCUUUGACCUUUGACUUUGAGUGACUUGAAAGCUACACAGAGAGAUUUCUGCGGCACAGUAUCAAACAAACUAUAGCCCCUACUCUAAAGAGGGGUUAUCAGGGGUUAUCAAAUACCAACUACUGGGUGUGCAGGCUUUUGCUCCAGCUCCAGCCUAAUGCAGUCUGGACGACAAUAAGUGUCAUCGGGCGUGUUUGUGCUGGAACAAAGGCAUGCACAUCCCAGUAGCUCUCGAGGACGUAGAGAGUUUCCUCCUUCUUUUUGGGGUGCCCUUACACUAAGAUUUUAUUUAUAAAUGCCAGAAUUUCUUCAAUUUCAUUUCAUAACAUUCAAAUGUUCCAUCAUGGAGAUGAAAAAAACUAUUAGUGUGAGAAAUAUGGCAAAAACUCCAAUUGUAGCAAAAGGAAUAGGUUAAUUUGAGAUUUUAUCACUUUACUCAUCUAUUCAUGUCUAGGAGUUAGGGUUUGUUUAGGGAACUUUGAGAGAGAGACUACCCAGGCUGUUUUUAUGACAGAGAACUGCCCAUAGAGCUUAAAAGACUACCAUGGGAUGCCAGACUUGCAGGGAUGGACAGCAGAGAUUUCCCUGGAGGAAAGAGAGAUUGGCUGUGAUGAAUUAUACUCAGCAUGGCAACAAUCCCUCCCUGAAGCUCUACCACUGGACUGUGUGGACAAUCAUGGACUGUUCUGCAUGCAGGAUCAAAGGAUACUGACAAGACGUGUGUGUGUGCAUUGAGUACAUUUCUGUGUGUGAGUGUGUUCAUGCAUUGAAUCUAAACACACUCAUGGACACUUCACUCCCCCACCAUCCCUCGCAACAACAAAAAACACUGUCAUAAAGUAGACAGUGACUUCUCACCAUGGAUUCCUUUACCAGAGACAGACCUCGAGGGGUUAACCACAUUAAGGACAGAGGCCCAACCCUGUGGCCCCUGGCUACAGUUUGGACACCUUAUAGUUCCAACGUUGGCCCACUAAAGCACACUAUUACCCUUUUCACACUACUGAGACAAACAUAGCCAAGUCAAGCCAAGCUGUAUCACACUGGCCUGGUUACUCAUCUACUGUAGUUGCUGGAAUGAAAAAAGGACAAUGUGAAAAUAAAAUAUCCUGGCCAGCACAGUAUGGUUUGGGUCGGCCCUCUAGUGUGAAUUAGACAUCUCAGUCAGUCAACAGUCUCCUGGACUUUUUCUUACUUUCUAAUCGUUGUCUGGGAUCUCUGUGUUCUUUAUUCUGUACUUGGACAAAGGUGUGAAUGAAGGCGUCAUCAUGGAUAGCAAAAAAAAAACAACAACGAUUCAGCAUGGCUAGGGGUCAAAUAUAGAGGGACUGUGACAUGGAUCAUGGAUCGUCAAAGCUAGGGACUGAACUCUGAAACGACGAGGGAGAAGUUGAGCUUGUCUAAGUCUUUCACGGUCACCAAGAACACACGUUGAUUGACCUUGAAAAAGAUGGCGGUGGAGUGGAGAGCGCGGAAUCUUCUCUAUGCACACCAUUGACGACACAGGAAGCCUCUCCACGCACAGCAACAACAGUGAAAUGAAUAAUCAAAUGAUAAACAUCUCCGAUGUCACUAUGUGAUAUGUUGUCAAAGAUGCAUUCAAGGUUUUUUAUGUAUGUAAUACUGCAUAUGUAUACAACGGUUGGGUCUAAUCCUGAAAGAUGAUUGGUUAAAACCGCAUUCCGGCCGGUGUCUAUUCCACAAGUUACUUCGUAUGUAUGUACUUCCCUCUCAUAUUCCUCAUCAUGGGAAGCCAGGCUUGAAGUUCUGAUGUAACAACGGGAGAUGUUUCUUCUCUUGUUCAGGUGAUCUGGUGGUUUAUUUUCACUCAGAUUCUCUCUAUCUCUGCCUUUUAUUUUGAUAUGUUGUCGGUCUAGCGAACUUGACUUUGUUCAUCAUGUGACAACAAAAAAAACGUAUGCAUCUUAACAUUUUAAUAAAGAAAUGCAUGUGUAACAAUUGUCAUAUAUAUGCAUAUGUAACUAACAUUGUAACUAACAUUGAGCAAUGCCAAUUUCUUUCUGGUUGAUAUCUUUGACAUGGUAUCAUCAAUCAAAUCUGUUACAGCUAUCAUCGCUGCUGUGUACUCGUUGGUUUGUAAUUUACUGUUUGUAAGAAAAAAAUAAGGGAUUAUUCAGGGUAACUUGCUCAAUUUGAUGCUUUUCUCGGUUCUGCCGUUGCUUUAAAACCUUUAUCGUCAUAGAUAUUGACAUUGUCUUCCUUUAAUGACAUUAAUGGAAUUGGGAGACAGGGUGGAGGGGGAGGACUAUUGUUACAGCAUCCCUGUGUACUCACGGACAUCCUGUACUGUCUAUCUCUAUGUGGAACAUACGGUGUGAUUGCCAUUCUGUGGUGACUUUGUGGAACUACUUCUCAAAAUAAACUGAACCCGUUUGAGUGGC